AAUAUGUAAGUUUGGAUUUGGUUAUUUUGCUUGAUUUUUACACAGAAAAAAGCCGAACGGAAGGGUUCUGUCUAGCAUGUCUUCCGAGGCUACCAAAAAGGUUCGUCUAAUCCAUGAUCCUACAUCUUUAUACUACAUUCACCCAUCUGAAAGUGUCGGGAACUCCCUGACGAAGCAUCUUCUCAAGGGAGACAACUAUGACGUUUGGGAGAAAACGAUUGUCAAUGCCUUGGAAGGGCGCAGCCGUGCUGGCUUUUUGACCCCAACUGGUUUUCCCAAGCCGGCCGAUGAACAAGAACUUGCGGCAUGGAAAGCUAAUAAUUCAAUCAUUUGUUCUUGGAUAUGCAAUAGUGUUGACGAACAUAUCCAACCGUCCAUAAUCUCACACAAAGUUGCACAUGAACUGUGGACAGAUUUGAAGACUCAGUAUGGAGGAUCGAACGGCCCUCGUAUCCAUCAAUUGAAGUCCGAGCUGCAAUCCCUCCGGCAAAAAGGUCAGACAGUUGUGGUUUAUUAUAACCAAUUCGUGACCUUGUGGAAUUUACUUUAUGGGUCGGCUGACCCAACAUGUGGGUGCCGUUGCGAAGCCGCCGCUCUUCUCCGGGAACGGCAUGAACAGGAGAAAUCACACCAUUUUUUGCUCGGCCUUGAUGACGAGCAGUUUGGACACAUCCGCUCACAACUCAUUGCUAUAGAACCUGUCCCUGAUAUUCAUCGGGUUUAUGCACUGAUUUCACAAGAGGAACGUCAUAAAAGUAUUAUUCGGAGCCGUGACGACCGUACAGACGCCGUAGCCUUCGCUGUACAGCGUCCUACCACAGCAGCCGGACGUGGGGAUCCUCCUCACUACACUUGCACGCACUGUGGUAAGGAAGGACAUUCUAUUGAUCGGUGCUACCAACUACACGGUUACCCUCCGGGUAAAGGACGCGGUGGCAGCCGUGCUACUGGCCGAGGAGGACGGGGGAGUGGCCGUGGAUCUUCCAGCGGUAGCAGCGCCUCUGGUGGCAGGGGUUCUGACACGGUGACAGGGGGAGCAAACGCUGCUGCCUCGAGCUCUAGCCAACUCAGUCUCACGCCUGAGCAAAUGACCCGUUUGAUGUCCAUGCUUGAUGCUUCUGAUAAAAAUGCAGGAUUGUGCAACGAAGACGGAGAUUGGACGGGGUAAAGCGCACAACGGUGUAUUCCUGUUCCGGU